ACAGAAAACAUGCGUUUAAUUCUAGCUUUUCUUCUGGUCUUCAGCUUUCUUCAAACAGUCGAUGCUGAUAUUUUUGAAGAAAUUAAAAACAUUUGGAAUUCUGUUAUUGACUUCAUCGAUCCACCAGAAAAUUUUUAUAUUGACACAAAAUACGACUUGGAUUGCAAGUUGAUCACAUGCCUCAAGACUUACUAUGAAAUGUAUUCGGACUGGUUUCAAGAUAGGGCAAGGAACUUCUGCCGUGAAGAGAACAUGAACCAUACGCCACAACCAAACAACGCCUACGAUGGCUUCUUGCCAUGGAUCUACGGAUGCAAAGACCGCGAUCUUGAUGGAUUCCUGUUGCCAGGUAUCAACGAGAACUAUUGGGGAUUUUAUGGAAUCUUCGAGAGGGCCAUUACCGGAAUGUAUAAGAUUUCUUUGUACUUUUGAAUGGUCUUUAUUUGAUCUUUUUUUGAUAAAAGGUCUGAACAUUGGUUCUUGAUGAUAUACAUAUAAAAGCUCUCAAUUCCC